AUGGGGGAAAACUUGGCGCAAAAGGAAUACAAGCUAAUCUUUCGCUGUCCAAUUAUGAAGAAGUUGGGUGGCGCUGCAGGAGACUUUGCCGCAUUGGGUAAACAAGACAAGAAGUAUCCAAUCACAAUAGCUACAGUCUCAGGGGUAUUAUGCACAACGCCGCGCAUGGAGAAAGCGCUGAGCUUCGUUAAGAUGAGCCGGGUGAUUUUUCCGAGUAUCAUCAAUAGGCGGAGGACCUUCAACCCCAAGAUGUUGGAACACACGCAAGAUUUCUUUUGGGAACCGGCUUGGUACAUUCAAGGUGUACACUCAGUACCAUUCGGUCUGGAUCAGCCAAGUCCUCAAGACAAUUCCAAGUUUAUGAGCAUGAUCGAAGAUCCCAAAAUCUCAACGUGGAAUAUACCGGUUCUGGACGAAUCUCUAAGUGAGUCCAGCACACCACGUGCUGAAACCGAGCAGCAUAUCGAAGCAAAUAAUCUGAACCACAACUCUCGAAGGCGUGAUUCGAGAAAAUCAAUGGAUGCGAAGAAAAAACGACGUGAGCAAAAUCGAAUCUCGCAAAUGGCGCACCGCCAACGCUCCAAGAAGCAGCUCGAGUACUUUCGUAACCAGCUUGAAGAAUGUACGCAGUACAAUCACACCAUGUAUCGGACCUUGCAAGCUUUGGGCGAGAAGACACAGGAGCUAGCAUGUGAGAUCAAGCAUGCUCUCUCCUUGCAACCUCCACAGCCGGAGCUUGAGCAAUCUCGAAUAGGCAGUGAAGAAUUCCAGUGGCCGCCUUGGUCACAUGAUGGCUCUCCAACGCUGAGACGGAUGGGGACGGAAGUGGCCCCUCUGAUUGGGCAGUCUGAGCUCCCAUGGUGGAAUGGAAGGAUUGAGUAAGGAUUGGAUAUUUGGUUCAAUGGGUUCUAUUAUCAAUGAGUAGAUGGAGUUGAGGCAAUGUACCGCUCUGGGGUGUUUGAAAGGAGCGAAAAAUCCGUCACGACAGGUUAUGUUAUUUUGAUAUUCGUCAUAUGCCACAGGGCAUACGCCUUGAAUUCUACUAAUUAAAC